GUGGAGCGAUCUCUUCUAGUGACUGGCUUUGGAAAUGAACACGAUGAUGCAUCGGCAACUGAUAUAGAAUUGUUCAAGAAAUUUACAGAUGUAUGCCAGGGUGUGAGAAGACUUGGUGCUGCUGCUGUGGACAUGUGGCAUGUAGCUCUUGGGAUUGUAGAAAGCUACUGGGAAUAUCGUCUAAAGCCAUUGGAUAUGGCUGCGGGUGUUUUAAUUGUUAACGAGGUUGGCGGGGCAGUCACUUGCAUGGAUGGUGGAAAGUUUUGUGUGUUUGAUAGAUCUGUUUUGGUAUCCAAUGGUGUAAUACAUGCUGAGCUUUUGCAGAGGAUUGCACCACCAACUGAGAAAUUGGAGACUAAGGGAAUUGAUUUCUCGAUCUGGUAUAAGCCCGAUAAUUACAACACAGGCAUUUCAAAG